GAUAUAAAGCACUGCAGGCAAUUCCCUGGAACAGAGCCAUUGCCCUGCUAUGUUUUGACACAGCAGUCACGUGAGUUAUGCAAACCUGGGAGGGGACUGAAGUUCGCCCGCUGAUCUUUGACUUUGCUAGUCAGGCAACAGCAGACGGGAAAACCACAAAAUGCUAAACGUUCGCAGCGUCCUGGUGACGGGGUCCAACCGAGGGCUUGGCUUGGAGCUGGUCCGACAGCUGGCAGGGAAAAACAACGGGCCAGAAUGGGUCUUUGCCAUCUGCCGGGACCCAGAGGGACCACGUGCCCAGGAAUUGAAGAACUUGGCUGCUAAAUAUCGGUGUGUCAAAAUCCUCCCAAUGGAUACUACUGAUCCUUCCAGCAUCAAGGUUGCUGCCGCCAAAGUAACUGAAAUGCUGCAAGGAAACGGGCUGAAUCUCCUCAUCAACAAUGCUGCAAUCCUAAGGCAAAGCACUCUGGAAACAGAGACGGCAGAGAAUAUGUCUGAAGUGUACAAAACCAACGUAAUAGGGACCAUGCUGGUGACCCAGGCAUUCCUGCCCUUGCUGAGGAAGGCAUCUCAGGAAAGCCCCCAGAAAGGGAUGAGCUGCAUUAAAGCUGCCAUUGUCAACAUCUCCAGUGAAGCUGGCUCCAUCACCAGCUAUGCUAUUUGGGAACAUGGACAGCCCAUUAAUUAUUAUUGCAGCAAGGCUGCUCUGAACAUGCUCACUCGGUGCCAGUCACUGGGAUAUGAAGAAGAUGGAAUCCUGUGCAUUGCAUUGCAUCCUGGGUGGGUGCAGACUGACAUGGGGAACGAAGUGGUACAAGCCCCCAUGAGAGUGGAUACAAGUGUGGGAGCCAUCCUCAGCACCCUCAGCCGUCUCACUGAGAAAGACAGCGGCACUUUCAUUAACUGGGAGGGGGCUGUCCUGCCUUGGUGAGACACCCCCUCCAAUAUCUCAUCCGUGAGGAAGGUGCAGGACACAAAUGUAUGAAAUCCUUUGCCUUUGUUUGCAAUAAAUUUACCAUAACUUGCUGAAAA